AUGGACGACAUUAUGAAGAUUACAACAAAAAUUUUGAAUUCAAUAAGAGCGCGAAGCUUGCAGCGACGAUUUUUUAAAUCGCAAUUGGAAGCUAGCGACUCUGCGGAACACACUGCUUUACUUCUGCAUACAGAUGUGAGGUGGUUGAGCCGUGGAAAAUUUUUAGAUAGGUUCCAGGAGUUACUUCCCGAAAUAAUUUCUUUUCUAGAGGAACUAGGGGACGACACUCAUCUACUUCAGAACGAAAAAUGGCUCAGUGACCUAGCUUUCUUAUCAGAUUUAACAAAUCAUUUGAACGUCCUUAAUUUGGAACUACAAGCCCCUGCUCACUACAACGCACUUGUCAACGGUGAACUCGAUGAAUUAUUUCCUGAAAGAUGGAUAGGAAGAGAUGGGCCAGUUCAUUGGCCACCUAGAUCACCAGAAUUGAACAAAGUUGACUUCUUUUUCUGGUGUUACAUUAAAGACGUAGUGUAUAGGACAUCUCCAACAACAGCUGACGAUGUGAAAAUAAGGAUUAAAGACGCCUUUCAAAGUGUCACAUAA